CAAUUUUUAGCUCCUCAUAGAGAUUCUAGACCAAAUUAGAUCAGCCUAGAAACAGGGAAAUGAAUUAGAAGAAAGUGCUUGAAUAUGGUUGUUAUGACCAAUUAGCAUCCCGUUCUCCUUCAGACAAUGUUUAAAGAAUUAAACCACGUCCAGGUAAAUGGACUUUAUUGUCUUGUUCCAUAAUUAAAAGAAUCAAGCUACUUAGUUAAGGGAAGACUACAGCCCAAGCCUUUUCCCUCCCAGCUGACAGUACUCUGAUAGGCAGUAGACCGCAAACAUUUAAAAAGAAAAUCGUCAGGUGCUAACCCAGGUGCUAUCGCUUUCUCAGCGCCUAAUCUUCAACCUCUACUAAGCUCGUUAAAUGAGUCUUCUGAGAGCUAUGGAGUCCUUGGAUUCAUUGAAAGCAUUCUACAACGAACGCUAGGGGGGAAAAAGAACAAACAACAUACAUUUCAAAUAUAGGAUUCAAUUACUUUUCACAACUCAAUGAUGUGUCAAAGGCACGCUGUGUUUUGUUUUGAGGGCGGGGAGAUGACAGGGAGGGAAUCCUGAGCCCCCAUUGGCUCGCCGCUCGCCGCUGCAGCUGAGCUCCAGCCGCUCCAAGAGCAUUAUUGAUCCGAAGGGUGAAUGUGGAGGGAGCCACAGAGGGGUCCAAGCGUUUCUGAGAAGAGAGGCAGCCUCUUCCAGGAAGAGAGUGGUGUCUACUGGCUGCCCGGCCUGGAGAACCUUCUGUGAAUGAAAGGGGACAAAAUGCAAAAGCAGUGUGUUGCUACAGUGAUUUAGGAAGGGGAAAAGGGAGAGUGAGAGAGAAAGAGAGAGAAGGGUCUCACCUUCCGUGCAAGGCUGGGUGUUGCAUCCUGCUGCUGCCGUCCCUGCCGCUGCUCCUGCAGCUGCUGUUGCUGCCAUCAGGUAAACCUCAAAGAUAUUGAGAGGUCAGUUCCAGACAAAUGGCAAGAAAGCAAAUAUCCCAAUAAAGCAAGUCACCUCUGUUACCUAACUGGUUGGCUCUUUUGAGGAAUUAUAGUCAAGUUGGAACUCAAUAGCAGAUUGGAGUUUUAAAGUAUGCCAGCCUUUUUAAGGCCAAAUUCAUGAACCCUCAGAUGUAAUCCAUGGAUCCAUGGGACGGAGAAUAAGUGAUUCCCAUUUAGAAUCUCACAAAGAACCAGUUAUCUUCCUCAAUGCAGCCGGGUCCACCAUUCGAGAUCUCAGCUGUGACUGUGUCUCUAUUAGGAUCAGUGAGACAGUGAGGAGCGCAACCUAAACAGGGAAAAGGAGCACAGCAUGCAGCUACUUGGAGGGUGUUGAUUGAAAACUUCGAUCUCCCCACCCCGUUCACGGUUGACUUGACUGAUUUCUCACAUCCUUCACAAGAGAAUAUUUCAAUUAAGGUCCCUUUAGAUGGAAUAUAAUACAGCAGAAGCCUUUUCAUCAAAAGGAUUAAUGCCUGUGUUAUCAUUUCUGCAAUAAAACAGGAAGCUAAGUGGUGGAGGCCACAAACACUUCAAACCUGGAUUCCACAAUUCUACAUUAAGUGCUGGAGUUUUUAUCACUCUGCUGCAGGAAAGCCUUUGCCAAUGCUUACAAGGAACUGUUUAUCCCUGCUUCUCUGGGUCCUGUUUGAUGGAGGUCUCCUAACACCACUUCAGCCACAGCCACAACAGACUUUAGCCACAGAGCCAAGGGAAAAUGUUAUCCACCUUCCAGGGCGACGGUCACAUUUCCAACGAGUUAAACGUGGCUGGGUAUGGAAUCAAUUUUUUGUGCUGGAAGAAUACAUGGGCUCCGAGCCUCAGUAUGUGGGAAAGCUCCACUCCGACCUAGACAAGGGAGAGGGCACUGUUAAAUACACCCUCUCAGGAGAUGGAGCUGGUACCGUUUUUACUAUUGAUGAAACCACAGGGGACAUUCAUGCAAUAAAGAGCCUGGAUAGAGAAGAAAAACCUUUCUACACUCUUCGUGCUCAGGCUGUGGACAUAGAAACCAGGAAGCCCCUGGAGCCUGAAUCAGAAUUCAUCAUCAAAGUGCAGGAUAUUAAUGACAAUGAGCCAAAGUUUUUGGAUGGACCUUAUGUUGCUAGUGUCCCAGAAAUGUCUCCUGUGGGUGCUUAUGUGCUCCAGGUCAAGGCCACGGAUGCAGAUGACCCAACCUAUGGAAACAGUGCCAGAGUCGUUUACAGCAUUCUUCAGGGACAACCUUAUUUCUCUAUUGAUCCCAAGACAGGUGUCAUUAGAACAGCUUUGCCAAACAUGGACAGAGAAGUCAAAGAACAAUACCAAGUACUCAUCCAAGCCAAGGAUAUGGGAGGACAACUGGGAGGAUUAGCUGGAACAACAAUAGUCAACAUCACCCUCACUGAUGUCAAUGACAAUCCACCCAGAUUCCCCAAAAGCAUCUUCCAUCUGAAAGUUCCCGAGUCUUCUCCUAUUGGCUCAGCUAUUGGAAGAAUAAGAGCUGUGGAUCCUGAUUUUGGACAAAAUGCAGAAAUUGAAUACAAUAUUGUUCCAGGAGAUGGAGGAAACUUGUUUGACAUUGUCACAGAUGAGGAUACACAAGAAGGAGUCAUCAAAUUGAAAAAGCCGUUAGAUUUUGAAACAAAGAAGGCAUAUACUUUUAAAGUAGAGGCCUCCAACCUGCACCUGGACCACCGCUUUCACUCCGCUGGCCCGUUUAAAGACACGGCCACGGUGAAGAUCAGCGUGCUGGACGUGGACGAGCCGCCGGUUUUCAGCAAACCACUCUACACCAUGGAAGUUUACGAAGACACCCCCGUGGGGACGAUCAUUGGCGCUGUCACUGCCCAAGACCUCGACGUGGGCAGCAGUGCCGUUAGGUACUUCAUAGAUUGGAAGAGUGAUGGGGACAGCUACUUUACAAUAGAUGGAACUGAAGGAACCAUCGCCACUAAUGAAUUACUAGACAGAGAAAGCACUGCGCAGUAUAAUUUCUCCAUAAUUGCGAGUAAAGUUAGUAACCCUUUAUUAACCAGCAAAGUCAACAUAUUGAUUAAUGUCCUAGAUGUCAAUGAAUUUCCUCCAGAAAUAUCUGUACCAUAUGAGACAGCUGUGUGUGAAAAUGCCAAACCAGGACAGAUAAUUCAGAUAGUCAGUGCUGCAGACCGAGAUCUUUCACCUGCUGGGCAGCAAUUCUCCUUUAGAUUAUCACCUGAGGCUGCCAUCAAACCAAAUUUUACAGUUCGUGACUUCAGAAACAACACAGCUGGAAUUGAAACCAGAAGAAAUGGAUACAGCCGCAGGCAGCAAGAGUUGUAUUUCCUCCCUGUUGUAAUAGAAGACAGCAGUUACCCUGUGCAGAGCAGCACAAACACAAUGACUAUACGAGUUUGUAGAUGUGACUCUGACGGCACCAUCCUGUCUUGUAAUGUGGAAGCGAUUUUUCUGCCUGUAGGACUCAGCACUGGGGCUUUGAUUGCAAUCCUACUAUGCAUUAUUAUACUUUUAGCCAUAGUUGUGCUGUAUGUGGCCCUGCGAAGGCAGAAGAAGAAGGACACCCUGAUGACCUCUAAGGAAGACAUCAGAGACAACGUCAUCCACUAUGACGACGAAGGAGGUGGGGAGGAGGACACCCAGGCCUUCGACAUCGGGGCUCUGAGAAACCCAAAAGUGAUUGAAGAGAACAAAAUUCGCAGGGAUAUAAAACCAGACUCUCUCUGUUUACCUCGUCAGAGGCCCCCAGUGGAAGAUAACACAGACAUAAGGGAUUUCAUUAAUCAAAGGUUACAGGAAAAUGAUGUGGACCCAACCGCCCCACCGUAUGAUUCACUGGCCACAUAUGCCUAUGAGGGAAAUGGAUCCGUGGCAGAGUCCCUCAGCUCUAUAGACUCUGUCACCACAGAAGGCGACCAGGACUACGACUAUCUGACAGACUGGGGACCCCGCUUUAAAGUCCUGGCAGACAUGUUUGGCGAAGAAGAGAGUUAUAAUCCUGAUAAAGUCACUUAGGGGAGCCGUGAAGGCUAAAACACAACCAAGAGGAGAAAUUUUUAAAAAAGAAAAACGAAAUACAAAUAGAACCAAGAGGAGAAAUUAAAAAAAAAAAAAGAAAUACAAAUAGAAAUCACACAUGCACACGCACACACAAAGGCCCAGGCUUUAUAGAACAAGAUUUCUUUGAUUAUCUGGUUUCUGGCAAGUUGCUAUAUUUAUCAUAUUGUCAGUUUUGUUUUUUCUGCCAACACAAGAUAAAUCCUGUAAUAUGUACUUGCUUUGUUGUUUUGUUUUCAGAAUCACACUGAGACAAGCUCAGGCCUAUUAAAUACAAUUUACUGACAUGACAACCUAGAACGAAGAUAGCUAUGUGGCAUCACGGUGGAAGAGUGUUAGAUUUUUCUUAAUUCCACUAAAGUGCCUAUUGAAACUCUUAUCAUUUAAAGUGGUGUACAGUACACUCUGCUGUGAUGGCAUUGCAGGAUUCAGAUAAAGAGGACAUAAAACAAAGACACUGUCUUUAUGUCAAGGAGCAAUAGCAACAUGCUGACUCUCCUCAUUCCUUUUGAGAAAAAAAGAAGAAUACUUUCUGAACUCCAUCUUCUUAUAAUUCAAAGGUUUCUUUUUUUCUUUUUAAAACUGUAUGCCAAAACACAUUUGUUUUUCCUACCCUUUCAGAAAAUUGAAAUAAAAAUGUCACUAUCAAAUAUGUAAGUCCCAAAUUCUAAAAGCAAUGUUUGAUCUUAACAUUACUUCAUAUUAAAGGUGUUCAUUAAAAUGUUACUUUUUUUCCAAAAAAUAAAAUAAAAAAGAAUAUAGAAAAAAAAUCCCUCUUUAUAAAGAGGCCUCAGGACUCAAAUUCCAUAUUAAAAUAAAUAUUGGUUUUAUUUAAUAUUGUAUUGGUGUGUGGAAAAUUGGUUUUAAAAGUCAGCAGAUCAUUUAAACUUUUAGUCAUAGAUAAAAUUUCAGAUUGUGAUUUGAUGGAAAUUUCUGGGGAAAAUAAAGUUUAUUAAUUUAAACAUGGGAAAAGAAAUUCAUUACACAGCUUCUCAGUUUCUUACAAUCUAGUGAUUCUUAAAUAAGCAAUGAAAAUAAGCUACAUAUCAAAAUACAGGAUGGAUUUGUAACACAUCUAAAAAUAUUAAGUCAGGGACUUCAGAAAAUUCAAACCAGCGACUAAAUUGUAAAAUGAACACAAAUUCAAAUUCAGGGAGAGGAUUAAUUUGGUUACUAACAUGGAUUUCAACUUUGUGAACACAUUAUUUUGGACCUCAGAGUUAUCUCUUUGUUCUAUAAUACCUACUAUAAUCCUAAUAUACAUGAUCCCUUACAAUUCUCUGUAAAGAACUUUUUAAUUUGAUGCAUAUUUCUAAGACAUAUGAGAUUUUAUAAGCAUGUUAGUAAAUUAUACUCAUGCACAUUACUUUCCAGUGGAUCGUACACUAUCUAGAAAUGCACAUAAAAUGGAUGUGAAUGAAUUAUAAGCUAAUAUAUUUUCAAUAGUGUAACUAUAUAAGUGACUACUUAAAUAUUGACACUAUUUAUAAGAAAAAAAUCAAAGUUGUUUAUAGGUCCAUCCUGAAGAUGUGGUCAAUAUCUAGCUAUAUUUAUAAAAUAUUUAUGAAUCUAUUUAACAUAUGCAAGGUUAUGAAGCAAAAAAUUCACACAUGGGAAAAACAGGUAGAAAUAUGGAUAACAUAGGAAAAUUAUAUUCAGACCUAUUCAUUUAUAAAUGCAUACUUUAAAAUUAUCUGACUACUAAUUAUGCUAUGGCUAUGGGACAAUUUGAAUCUGCAUUUCCCAUCCCUUUUUUAUGUCUUCCAGUUGCAUACUCUCCUUUUCUUUCUACCAGGAAUGGCUACCGUGCCAGUUUUCCUCCAUUCACAAUUCUAUCUUUCCCUUUGAUCCCUACGAACUGCAUUAUAAUAUUCAUGUAGUGUAAUGGUUUGCAGUAUAAUAUGUCUUGGGAAAUAUUUAUGUAAUUACUUUAAAAAAAAAAAAAAACCCGAUGGUGUCAGAAACAGACUGAAGAGAAAAAUAAGGGCAACUUUUGGGUUUGCAUUAGCAACAUGAUUUUCUGUGGAAUGAUGCAUGGUGCCUGAAGAAGGUUAAUAUGCAAGACUCUUUCGGGUUGACAAAGCGAUUCUUGUCAGGAAUGAUUACAUUUUACAUUUUGCUAAGAAUCUAACUGCCUCUGCAUGCAGUCAUAUAGAAGAAACAACGGUGGCAUGAAGAAAACUUGGGAGGGACAGGUCAUUUCAAUCUACAUGACUAAGAUGCUAAGCAAAAAUAUGAAAUUGUAGGCAUUAUUUUCACUAAAAUAAAAAGUCCUUUUCAGUACAUCAAGCCUUUAUUUUUUGCAAUACCACUGCAUUAGUUUUCUAGUGCUGCCGAAACAAAAUAUAAUUGAGCGACUUAAACAGAAACUUAUUUCUUAACUUUCUGGAGGCUUAAAGUACAACAUCAAGGUGUCCACACAGAGUUGGUUUCUAUGAGGGCCGUUUUUCUUGGCGUGUAGAUGACUAUGUUCACUUGGUCUUCACAUGGUAUUCCUUCUGUGUUUUUUUGUGUCCUAAUUUCUCUUCUUAUAAGGACACCAGUCAUAGUGAAUUAGGGCUCACCCAUAUGGCCUCUUUUUACUUAAUUACAUCUUUGAAGGCUCCAACUCCAAAUAUAGUCACAUUCUAAGGUACUGGAUAUUAGGACUUCAACAUAUGUGGGGAUGCAGUUUGGCCCAUAACCACCACCAAAAUGUUAACACCAUUCAUUUUUUUUUUUUUUU